AGAGACCGAUCUCUCUCUCUCUCUCUCUCUCUCUGAACUCUAAAGGCCCUCGAUGGACUAGUAAAGAUAACCAAUUUGUAAUCCGGGUCUUUUUUGCAAUUUCAAAAAGUUUUGUGGAGCAAAAUGGGAGCCGAGAGCACCUCCAGUUCCGGCGGUGGGAUUGAUCGGAGCGACAAGAGGUACGAGACUCCGGUGAUCUUGAACGUCUACGACCUCACUCCUAUGAACAAUUACUCAGUUUGGGUCGGUCUCGGAAUAUUCCACUCCGGUAUUGAAGUUCAUGGUAAAGAGUAUGGUUUUGGAGCUCAUGACUUACCUGUUAGUGGAGUUUUUGAAGUGGAACCAAAGGCCUGCCCGGGAUUCAUUUACCGAUCCUCUAUUUCACUUGGUCGCAUAAACAUGUCUCCUUCUGAAUUUCGGACAUUUAUUGAGAAUGUUGCUGCGGAGUAUCAUGGGGAUACCUAUCACCUUAUCUCCAAGAAUUGCAACCAUUUUACAGAUGACAUGGCAUUCAGGUUGACUGAAAGACAGAUUCCUGGGUGGGUGAAUCGGCUUGCUCGUCUAGGUUCGUUGUGCAGCUGUCUUCUUCCAGAAAGCCUUCAAGUUACUACCGUUAAACAGACUCCUGAAUACCACCAUGAGUCGGAAGAAGAUGGCACUGAAUCUCUAACAAUCACCACACCUCGUGAGUCGACAGAAGUUGAUGAUGAUCAAGAAAAGCGUCUGCUGUCACCAUUGGCUGCAAUAUCACCAGUGUGUGGAUGGGGGGAUGUGACUAUUGUUAAAGAGGCCCAAACAAUCAAAGCUGCCUGACUGUAUUGAUUGUUUGUAAUUUUGUAUGCACAGUGUUGAUCCCAUUUGCUUAAGUUUGACAUCUUUUUGGUACCAUUUCAAACACGUUUUGCAGUUCCUUGUUGUGGAAUCUGAAAGUAGAAGGUAGUUUGUUGUAAUUGUCUAAUUGAUAAUUUGUGC